UACUAUUCGGGCAUGGCUGAUCAGCAGGACAGAGGCUCUAGCUUUAAAAGUAGUGACGGCAAGAACCCCAGCUUUAUAUCAAAUGCAGAACAAGUAGAAGCAGAUAAUGGAUAUUUUGAGCAGAAAUUAGAGGAGUUUAAGGAUUAUUUUAGGGAGAGGAGUGCUGGUAGAGGGGAUAAGGACGCUCAAGUGGCCAGAAGUCCUGAGAAUGACUCUUCGAGGAUUAAGUCCAUGAUCACUAUAUAUGAGUUCAUACUUGGGAGAAAUAAAGAUAUGCUGAAAGCUAUUAAUAGAGAAAGGAAGAAUAAUGAGCAGUACAGGAGACAACUCCCUCUCUUGCUAGACCGACUUCAGUGCUUGAAUGAGGCAUGAAUCAAGAAGGAAGAGAUGAUUAAACAGACUGGAGAAUACAUGCAAGAAAGUGAAAAUCAGAUCUUUGACUUAAAACAAGAGCUUGCUCAGAAAGACUCUCUUAUAAAGGACUUGAAUAAAACUAUCUCUGACCAACGAGAGAAACUUGAUUCGAAAUAUCUAGAUUCCUCUAAUAUCAGUUUUGAUUCUAAAUUGAAUGACUCUCGGUUCGCAUCAAUCAAGGGUAAAAAUGGAGAGACUAGCUUCCAUAACGAGGCUGAUUUAGAGACUAUUAAAGAACUAAAAGACGACAUCGGUCAACUUCUCAAGGAAUACAAGAUCUUAGAGAAGCAGAAAGACGAAUUCUGAGAGAAAUACCACAGACAACUUAAGAGAAAUGACGAACUUCUAAAGGACAUUAUUAAUAUGGAGGUGGUUAUCACAGACCAAAACGACCAAAUCCGGAACAUGCGUGACAAACUGAAGACUAAUUUUAAGCAGCAGAAGAGGAAUGAAAUUUUAGUAAGGAAUAUCGGAAAACUUAAGGAAUCUCUUGACAUUUCAGCUGAUGAGCAUCAUAACGAAAAUACAAGUAACUUGAAUAUCAGCCCGAACAUCUUAAAGCAAGGUAAUUUGGCAGAAUUGAAGCAAGGUAAAAAGGAAGACUCUUAUGAACACAUUGAUGAAGAAACUAUAAAUGAUGCCUUGAACUUAUCAUACCAGGUACUUGACCCUGGCUUGAUGAGUCAGGAUCUCCCUCAUCUGAUUUCAAGGUCAAGAAAGAAUAAGGAUUCUAGCUCAACUGCUGCUGAAGGAGAGUCUCUGUCAAAAUCUUGAGGCAAACGAGUGUUUAGCUCAAUAGAUGAUUUUGCUAAGAGCAAGUUAUCACAAAGUAUCUGUGUAAUGAAGCUAAAAGAUAAUAAUAUCGAUACUAAACAGGAAAAUACCGGCUUUGAAGGUAGUAAGAAUGAUCUGAACGACAAGAGUAUACUGAAUAAGUCUUCAAACUCGAAGAGUAAAGAAAAUAGCAUGUUUAGCUUUCAAGGAGAAACAAAGGAGAAAUUGAGCCCUACUAAGCCAGAACCAAUAGAAGUCGGAGAGUUUUCAAGCUCACAUCAAAGUCAGGAGUCAUUAGAUAAAGCUGAGAGGAUAUUAAAGCAAACUAAACAAGAGGGAAAAGCUGAAGAAGACACUCAACUUUUAAGAGAAGUAUACCAUAACCUCGGCCCAACAGAUUCUGUAAACCCCAACCAGGAGAUUAGUUGCCUGGGGAUUAACGAGAGUCAGUUCCAAGGUAUCGGUGAAGACAGCCAAUUUAAUGGAGUCCUUGACAUCUCUGAGUUUCAAAAAGAAUCAAUUUUAGAGAAAUAUGAGAUGUAUGAAGAACACAGAGAAAGCGAGUUGCUUCAAAGGAAUAGAAUCUCAAGUGAGAUUUCCACUCAAAGUAAGGCUAUUGACAGAAGAAAGAGUGGGUUCUUGAAAAGAGAACCUCCGAAAUCUCCUCAAAAUCUUUUUGACCAAUCCCAAAAUUUUCCAGAUUUUGAGACUUCUGCCAUUGGAGCUGAUGGACUCCAUAUGAUUGAUAAGGAGUUUGGAGAUGGAAGUUUCAUUAAUCCUGCAACAAAGAGAAAGCUGUCCAGUUCAAGGAGGGAGUCAAACUUUGGAGGAAAAGUGCUCACUCCAGAGCAACAAGAGAAGGAUCUUAGCAAUCCUAGCAACUUAAAGACACCAGAGAAAGCCCAAUUCGUUCUCACAGAGGAAAAGAAAGGUCCUAACAAGACUAUAGGCUGCGGAUCAGGAAAGAAAUCUGAGGAAAAUAUUCCUUAUCAAGAGAAACUUACCCCAGAUCAUCAGAAGAUAUCUCAAUUUGGGAAGCAAUUGAGUAAAAUAACUGGGAAGAAGACCCCUCCUACAAUAGAAAAGAGAUUAAGCGGAAGCCUCUCUGAUUAUGACCCUAAUAACGAAGAAAAAGGUCAGAUAAAGAAAGAAAUCUCUGAAGAAGAAUUUAAGGCUAAGAGUAGCCUCCUGAUGAAUUACAAUGGGGAGAACUAUGAAUACAAUGCAGUGAAUGAAAUGAACAGUUUUGGAGCCACUCCUCAGAAAGUCAAUCAAAACGUCAGUAUAAUGGAAGGUAGCCUAGAUGAUUCUCCUUCAAAGGAGUCUUCUCUUCCAACAAAUAAAGAUGUUGAAGAAGCAUUACAGAAGUCGGAUGACUCUUUUAAGGUUCAGAAUAUUUCUUUUGUAGAUCCUUAUGAAGAGAACGAGGAGCAAAAGUAUGAGGAACAAAAAUACGAUGAUAGUCAGAGAAUUAAAAGGCUUAUGCCCCCAGUAACAGCUUCUGAAUCAGCUAAUUCUAAUAGCCACGCAAGAAAUUAUACAGAGCAUGUGUUGCUUGAGACUCCUAAAUCACACGAUCUCCAUGUAAGGCAUAAGAGUAACGAACACAAGAACCAAGAGAGUUUGAUUGAACAGAAACCUAGUACAUGGAAGGAGGACUCUGACCUUCCUUCAGACGAAAAUCUUGAAGAUCUUUCUUCUGCACAGAGACAACAGAAUCAGGCCUUCUUUAGUAUCACCCCUAUGGCUCUUGAAAUGGGCAAAGAUGGGAAACCAAUUGAUCCCAGAGCUAGCAGAUUCAGGAGAACUGGAAAAGAUGUCAAAUUCCCAUUCCAAGAAGAGUCUCAUAGCGGUAUGGAUGCCGAUUUUCUGAACAAAAUGUACGAAAAUAAGAAGAAAAAGAAGAAAAAUAAUCAGAAAAAGAAGAGAGACUUAACGAAAUAUCAAAAGAAGCAAAGGCAUAGAGUCAAGGACUCAGUAGAAUUCAUGUACGGGAAGAUCCUUGAUAAUGAUUAUGACAUCGAUAAUGGCUAUUUUAAGGUCUUCUAACCUCCUAGCUUGCUCUUUUAGAGCUAUCAUUUGGUAAACUAGGUGAAAAUCUUUGUACUAAU